UCUUAAGACAUAUAGUUUCUUAGUUGGCAAAAAUGUCACAGCUAAGCAAUUAUUAUGGAUCAUGGUGGCUGGAAGUGAGCAACAACAAAGAGCUUAUUAUUGCAUUUGUCACCAUUUCGGUGGCAAUCUUCGCUAUUUUAUGGAACAAGUUCACACUUCCAAGGUCUUCUUCAAUCCAUGCGCCACCAUUGCCACCGGGUCCAUAUUCUUUGCCGAUUGUUGGGUACCUUCCUUUUCUUAAUCCCGACUUACACAAACAGUUAACCAACAUGGCUCAUUCCUAUGGCCCCAUUUUCAAGUUUCAUUUGGGACGCAAGCUUCACAUUGUGAUCAACACCCCAGAGUUGGCAAAGGAGGUUGUUCGUGACCAAGACGAGGCCUUCUCUAACCGCGACAUGACUGUUGCUGCCUCUGUAAUAACCUAUGGAGGCCAAGAUAUAGUAUUGUCCAAAAACAACUCUAAGUGGCGUAAUCUGCGUAAAAUAUUUGUCAGUGAGCUUCUAAGUAACAAGAAUCUUGAAGCAUGUGGUUCGUUACGGAAGGAUGAAGUUAGAAAAACCAUCAAGGACGUUUUUAGUAAAAUUGGUACCUCAGUCAACAUAAGCCAAAUUUCUUUCUUGACAGAGGCUAAUGUCAUCACAAACAUGAUUUGGGGAAAGUCAUUGGAUGAAGAGGCAGAACGUCAUAGCCAUCUUGGAGAUGAGUUGCAAAUGGUGUCUAUGAACAUUCAUGACAUUUUUGGAAAACCGAAUUUGUCUGAUUUUUUCCCUAGUCUAGCAUGGUUGGAUUUACAAGGUGUUGAGCGAGACAUGAAGAAGCAACGGAACAAGUUGGAGCAAAUUCUAACAAGCAUCAUUGAAGAUCGGAUCAAAUCUAACUUGAAAAGGUCACAAGAUGGAGUUGGGCACGAAGGGGAGAAAGAUUUCUUACAGAUGUUAUUAGAUCUCAAGGACCAAAAACAUGCAACAUCUCUUAACAUUACCCAAAUAAAGGCACUUCUUGUGGACAUUAUGCUUGCAGGAACAGAAACAACCACAACACUUGCAGAAUGGGCAAUGGCAGAAAUUAUGAAAAAUCACAAUGUAAUGAUUAAGGUCCAAGAGGAAUUAGCAAAAAUUGUAGGAACAAACAACAUAGUCGAAGAAUCCCACCUAUCUCAACUAGAAUAUCUAGAUGCGACAAUUAAGGAAACUUUUAGGUUGCACCCAGUAGUCCCUUUCCUAUUGCCACGGUCGCCAAGCCAGGAUUGCACGGUAGGUGGCUACACCAUCCCAAAGGGUUGUACCGUCUUUCUGAAUGUUUGGUCAAUUCAUCGAGAUCCUCGAUAUUGGGACAAGCCAUUAGACUUUAAUCCCGAGAGGUUUUUGACAAGCAAAUGUGAUUUUAAUGGAAACAAUUUGAAGUUCUUUCCAUUCGGAUCAGGGAGAAGAAUCUGUGCGGGUAUACCUUUGGCAGAGAAAAUGCAAAUGUUCAUCUUGGCUUCACUUUUGCAUUCAUUUGACUGGAGCUUGCCAAAGGGUGAAAUGCACGACCUUUCGGAAAAAUUUGGCGUUCAACUUAAAAAAAGAAUGCCACUCAUUGCUAUCCCGGCUCAAAGGCUGCCCAAUGCAAGUCUGUAUAAUUAAUGUUUUUGUAAUAGUUAAUUAUAAUAAUCAAGCAUGGUUAAAGAACCUUUAGAAGUAGGCUUAGAAUGUUUGACUUUAAAAUUACACUUCUGAAAGAUAUCAUUCAAGAAAAUAAAACCACUUUGGCACUUUCAGCUUCCUGCUUGUAAUUUGUAAAACCAGUGUUUUAAUUUC